AAAUGAAUGCUGAAAAAGGAUUUAUUGAAGAUAUGGAAUCAGUAUUUGACAAUGCUGAGGAGGCAUUACGAAGAAUUUCUGGCCAGUGUCGAUUACAGAGAACGUGCCAUUCAGAUAUAUUUUGUUCCAGACUGCCAGCUCAUUGGCGGUAA